AUGAAAUGGUUACUCUUGUUUCUUAGUGGAGCCAGCGCAUUGUCAUCUUACUCUAACCGAGUGUACUACGGUAACACUACAAUUGACUACGUGAGUUCUAUUUCAACGAUUGUUGUAACGGUACCCUGUACGAAAGAGAGAUGCACUGGUGCUUCGGUUACUUCGAAAGCUUUGUUGUCCACUGCUACCGAAACUAUUGAAGGUGCCACUACGAUUUACACCACAUGGUGUCCCUUGGCUACUGUUGAAGACUCAUCGAGUUUUGAAAGUGCAGGUGAAAGUUCGUCGAGUUUAGAAUCUUCCGAAUUGUCAAUUACUGGUGACACCUCGUCAAUUCUCGCGUCAACCGCUGGCGUGACUACUUCAAGUUUGCCAUUGUCAAGUACAAGUGGCAUCUCAUCAAAUUACGAAUCGUCAAGUACUAGUGAAAGCUCAUCAAGUCUGACGUCGAUCGUCAGUGGAAGUAAUUCUCUUCCAUCAUCAGCUUCAACUGCGACGUCAUUAAGUGCAUCAAGUGCCCCAUCGGCCGAAACUGGGUCAGUUUCUCUCAGCUCCCUUUCCACAAUCGUUGUUACAAUUCCUUGUACAAGAUUAGGGUGCUCUAGAGCAUCCAUUACAUCUACAGCUUUGUUGUCCACCGCUACCAAAACUGUUGAAGGUACAACCACAGUGUUCACCACUUGGUGUCCCUUGGACAAAACCGAUUCGUCUUUCUAUAGUUCAUCGUCUAUGGGAGGUUUUACUGAGGACGAAGGUUCUUCAAGCUUUACCUCGGCAUUAGCUACAAGUGAAGCCCCGUCGAUUAUUGAUUCAACGUCUACUGUAAGCGGGGCAGUGUCGAAUGUUGAUUCAACAUCCAGUGAAAGCGUGAUCACAUCAAUGUCUGGCAUCCGAAAAUCUAGUGCCAUCGGGACAGCUUCAAGUGUCGGGUCGACGUCUGAUGCCAGUGAAUCGACGUCCAGUACCAGCGAGUCCAAUUCUAGUGCUAUUGCGUCAAUUGUGGACUCAACUUCCGGUGUUAGCGGAACUGCGUCGAGCGUUGAGUCAACAUUCAGUUCUAGCGAAACUGCUGUGAGUGAAAAAUCCAAUAUUAGCGGGGCUACGUCAAUUGCUAAGGCCGAGUCUUCAAUAGGUUCCAGUAGCGAAACUUCGUCGAGUGUUUCACCAACGUUUACUUUCACUGGGUCCAGCAGCGGAAGCGCGUCGGGUGCCUCUUCGACAUCCAGUUCCGAUUCAACCGACAUUGGGGCCCCAGCAAGCCUUGAGUCAACUAGUCAGAUUGGUCAAUCAUAUGCUACAAGUCAAUCAGUAGAUUCUAGCAGUGUGGGCUCAUCAGCGUCAUCCGCUACUUCUCCAGUGAGCUCGAGUGGGAAAGAUUCGCAAUCGGCUGACGACGCGUUGACCUUUAUACCAACUACUUCUACCAACAGCAUAGGCUCAGUUGUGUCCUCUUCAUCUCCCGCACUUGUAUCGCUAGUAACAAAAACGACAAAUGGUAUCGUGACUGUUUACACGACUUGGUGUCCCCUUACAAUGGGCAGCAGCACGUCUAAUCCAGGGGAUUCGGGAUCGAGUACGUUUUCCAGCAUUCCAUCUACCCAAUCCGAGUCCAGCUCUGAUAUUGGAAGUUUGCCGUACAGUACCAUUACUUAUUCAACUGAAGUUUGCUCCUCUCAUGGGUGUCAUGCCACACACUCAACUUCAAGUUUUUUGCCACCGCCUUCUUCUGCAACUACGCUGGCUCCGAGCCAGUGCACGGAAGAGUCUUGUGGAUCACUAGUGUCAAGCACUCCCUCGGAGACUUUGGCUUCAUCUGGAUUCUCUACUGCGAGCACGCUUAGCUCCGAAGUUAUAACUACGUCGAAUUCGUUCAGCACUACCAGCACACAAUCUGCCUCUGUUUCUUCCGUGGAAUCCAGCUCGUUGCAAGAACAUACGUUGAUCAUAUCAACCGAGGUUUGCUCUUCCGAUAGCUGUCAUUGGCGGAAAAGCACAGUCGUAGUAUCUUCCACCGUGCCGGAUCUUAAGACAUCGAGUACUCCGACAACGCUACAAGCUUCGUCAAACUCUCCCCCCACGACUUCAAAAAUCCAGCCAUCAGCAAGCUCUUCAGAACUCUACAAACUCAUCACAGCUUCUAGUACAACGAACGGAAUUGUCACAGUUUAUACUACGUGGUGCCCACUUACGGACUCAACCACUGCCCAGUCUAGUGAGGAGUGGGUAACUAAACCACAGACGACAGAUGCGGAAACUACUGUGAGUCUGAUUGUUGUAUCGACUACGUCCAACGGUGGGGUAACUAUCUACACGACCUGGUGUCCAGUAACGUCAACGUCAGUUACUAGUCCCGCAGGUAGCACGUCGACUGGAAAGAGCACUUUCUCGACAACAGCUGAAACGCUUUCAUUUUCGAGUGCGAGUGGCAUGACCAGUUUGUCCGCUGCAAGUACAUCAGUCAGCUCAGAGACUAGCUCUCAGCUCUCACAUUCUGCAUCCAGUUUUGAUACAACAUUUUCGACUGCCGGGCAGUCGUCUUCUCAAAAGCAGAGUAUCUUUUCUGAGUCAGUAAUUGCAACAACUCAUAGCAGUUCGGAAACUAGUGUUAGUUCGUCGGUCUCGCUAAGCACAUCCUUAUUCACUGCUCCUUCAUCUUCUGCACAAGUGAGCUCCUCAGUCCUUGCUAGCGCGUCAACUUCAUCUGCUGGGACGCCUUCAUUCUCUCCAGUUUCUAGCACUGCAGAAAGUUCAACAACAGCUACUCAAUCACCCCCACAAUUAACUGCCUCAAUUGUCACGGAAACAUCGAAUGGAGUAGUUACAAGCUACACCACGUGGUGUCCUUUGACCUCAAGUGGCAUAGGUCAUGAAUUGUCUGAAAUUUCGAAGCUAGUGUCGACGUCCACAUAUGAAUCAGGCUUCGUUUCGACCUCAUCAACGAUCAGGUCAAUCGCAACAAUGUCUACGGUUAGUGGAGCCACCACCGUCGCUCCUAAAAGUGCUAAUUUAGUAUCCGUAACAUCAGAAGAAACAAAUCAAUACCAAACGCAGACACUUUCAUCACAAAGAGAGACGCAGCAAAGCUCCUCUGAAUCCAUUGUUUCGUCAGCUCAGUCGGUGGUUGAAACAACAGUCAGCGGCGUUGUCACACAAUACACAACUUGGUGUCCACUGACCGAUCAAAUCACCAAGACCUGCACAGAAAGUUGUUUCCAAGUUCCCACCACGCUUUUGAGCACUACAUCGACAGUCGUAUCCGCAACCUCGACAACUUCUUCCAAUGCUUCUCCAACGGAACACUCAUCUGAAUUGACCUCAGGCCCCACAACCGAGGUAAUUCCGGUAUCCUCAAAGACAACUUAUCAAACUGUAUCGAUUGCGACCAUGACAAGCGUGUUCCCGACAACUUUGGUCUCUACUGGUAGCACUGGGGAUCUGAUUACAGUAGUGAGUUCUGCUUCAAGUCUUGUGCCGAGAACCACGACGCUAGAAGUCACCACAGAGAUACCUGUUUCAGCCAAAAUUACGACCGCAACUGGAAAAUCUCCGCAGCAAACGUCAAUGGUGGCCCCAACGGCAGUGACGAGCCAAUCUGGUUUACCCGCAACGGGGAUGACAGCUGCGAUUACUAUUCCGGCCCCCACACUGCCCGCGGUUGCCUCCACAUACGAGGGUGCCGCUGUAGCACUUCGUCAAAACCAAGUGUUAUUUUUCAUGAACGUUGUGGCAAUGCUUUUAAUGGUGUAG